CAUGGAUAAAAUCCAGCGGCUCCAGGCCUUGACAGGCGAAGACGAAGUCGUCGGAGAGGCAAACGAAUCCGUCCAAUGGGCGUACCACGUCAAGGCAUCGCAUAUCUACGAGGGAACAGACUCUGAGGAUGAUGAAAUCACCACAAGUCGUAGAGGCGCCUUGAAUGACCCCUUUGAGAAGGAGCGAGACGGGUCUUCAAGCAACUUCGAAGAAUACCAACUCCAGCAAGGAGAGUUGGCCGCUGAAGGUGAAAGGUUUGUCACCUGGAAUGCGAUCAAGAAAUACCCUUACGCAUAUAUUGGGUAUACCAAUAGACAGCUUGUCGUGACGCGUUUCUUCGACCAAGGAAAGAUUUAUGAUAAUACCUGGGAUUUUUAUUAUCUGUAUCGUACACCAGGGGAUUCCAACGAGCAACCUCUCUUACUAGUGCCAACAAAGCAAUUCGUAUGCUUCCUGAGAACGAUCAACCGAAGCCUGAGAAUAGAUCUUACUCUUCCAUCAGGAGCAUCAAGCGGUGGCUUUCAAGUGACCUUUUCGAACGACGGGACACCAAGGCCACGUUACCUAGGGCGUGCAACCGACAGAGAAAUGGCUGAAGAUCUGAAGACAAUGGUUCCACCAAGCUCCUUCAAGCCUGACAAUGAGCCGGAUACAAAGGAGACUCCUUCAGAACGAUCUCUUGCUGCAUUCAGAGCGAAAAUUGACGCGAUGAUGCAGGCUCAAAAGGGGAAGAAACUGGCAAGCAAGGAGAAACAAAAAGUUGACCGUGUCGCCAAACAGCAAUCCUGGAACCGUUCUAUCAAACGAGUCCAACGCUACUUGGGUAUUCGAGAGGCCGGCAUAGAAAGCAAAAUAGUGGACAUCAGGGCCAGCUUAGAGAACUCGGGCCUACAAUGGUUGGAAUACGAUGCAGCAGUCAACGCUGCAGUAGCAAAGCUUCCACCACCGGUAAACUUUGACGCGGCAAAACCAGCGCCAUACAAACAGGAGAAAUCUGUCGUGUUCGUAUGCGUCGAUAUCGAGGCAUACGAGCGGAACACUAGCCUAAUCACCGAGAUUGGCAUUGCAACCCUUGAUACGAGAGACAUUGCAUCUAUGAUACCAGGUGAAGGCGGCGCCAACUUGAGAAGCAUGAUUCGAGCCCGUCACUUUCGAAUCAAGGAGUACCAGCACCUGCAAAACGUCGAAUUUGUCCAAGGAUGUGCGGACAGGUUCGAAUUUGGUGAAAGCGAAUUCAUAAGCCUGAGAGAUGCACCACAUGUCGUCUCAACCUGUUUCAAGCACCCCUUUUCCAAGCCAGGUGUGGAUCCUUCGACUGACGAAGGCCCUAAACGCAAUAUAAUACUCGUGGGCCACGAUGUAGGAGCUGAUAUCAGCUUCCUCCGACUCCUGGGUUAUGAUAUUUACAAUCUCUCAACUCUGCAAGAAGUCGUGGACACAGCUACGAUGUGGCGUUACCUCAAACGAGAAACUAAUUCUCGAAACUUGGGCAGCAUUCUCGCCGAAUUAGGUAUCGUUGGCUGGAAUUUGCACAAUGCGGGUAAUGAUGCUGUCUAUACUCUUCAAGCUAUGAUAAGCAUUGCCAUCAAGCAUUUAGAUGAGAGGCAGAAGGACAAGGAAGUCAAGGAACAGGAGAGGCAGGAUCGGAUUGCUAAGUCGGUCGAGGAAGCAACUAUCAUGGCACACGAGAAAGAGCAAGGGUGGAGCUCCGCAGGAGAGAAUAGUGAUGGGGGAGCACCGGUUUAUCCAGCCCCAUCCACGAAACCUGCGAAAAAGGGUGGGAAAUACUCUGAGCCACCAUGGAGACCGGGGGACCAACAAAAGAAUAUAGGGUCGUCUAGCCGCGCCUAUAACCCUAACGCAGGAGGGUCUGUCGAUGAAUUGACCAAGAAGACCGAGCUCUGGGGUAUCGAGACUGCUACCUCUAACCAGAGUGCAGGACGAGGCAAACCAGCUUUAGGAAAACAGGAGAAUCGUGGAGGCGGAACUUCGUGGUAUUGAUACCCGUAUCAAAUUCUCCACUGAGUAGAACUUGGAGGCAUGGGCUUUCAAAUGUAUCAGAAUAGAGCAUUACUUCUAUUUUUCUUUCACUGAAGCCAGGGAAAGCAUACCGCGCAUGGGUUUAAAACCUCUAGGUAGCUAGACACUCUGCGCAGGAGGUUGAUCCAUAGAUAUUUCUGUACGUUGCAUGAACAGCG